GUGGUCUUUAUUUACAAAAAUCAGUGGUCGUUGCUUGUCAUUGUAUCAGAUUUUAACAGAAUGGAUACAAGUGAAUUUUCAAUGUAUGACUCUCUCAUGGAUAAUCAUUCAGCAAAGAGAAUAAAGCUGGAUAAUGCAGAAAGGCCUUUGAACUUUACAAUAUCACCAGAUGAACGUGACAUACAGUCCGGGACAAAGACAAAAAUGCCAAGGGAUCCAAUGUCACACAGAAUCAUAGAGAAGAAGCGACGAGAUCGCAUGAAUAACUGCUUGGCAGAACUCAGUCGGCUUAUCCCAUCAAGUUAUUUGAAACAGGGUCAAGGUCGUAUUGAAAAGACAGAGAUUAUAGAAAUUGCAUCCAAGCUUAUUCGAAACUUGUUGAACUUGCAUAAUUUCAGAGAAAUGAUGGAGAAAGAGGUAUCGUCAGAUUGUGGUGAAACAAACCCAUGCCGUCAAGAACAGUUUUACAUGGGAUAUAAAAAAUGUCAAGAAGAAAUACUGCGAUAUUUAGUUGACACAAAUGGAGUGGAUAUUAAUGAUGACUUCUUUCAAGGAAUUAGAAUGUUUUUAGAUCAUAACAGUAAGAAACAUCUUAGUUUAUCUACAGUAAAAACUGCAUCUGAUAUCCAAGAUGAAAAUCCUAAUGAUUCUUUGAGGUCAGAAGCACCAAUUUCAAAUUCAAAGUCACAGAGAAAUCGUCAAAUGCUAAAAGGCAUGGGCAUUUCUGAAAACAGCAUCGCAAUGAUAAAACAGGAUGAACAUCUUUGUACCUUGCUGAAGCGAACAGAACAAACAUCUAGUCAAACAUCAAGUGGAACAUCAGGAUACAACAGCAUCAGAAGCCAGUCGUUAUCAGAUGGAAGCGUGUCAUGCAUUACAAUACAGUCUGUUCAUGGCGAUACAGCAGAGCAAGAUGAAAGUAACGAGUCAAGAGGCAGUGUAUGCUCCAGUCAAGAAAACUCAUUCAAAGGCACUAAUGGCAGCAAGGCUUAUUACCACAAGUCACAUGCUUACAAAUUCAAGCACAGUAUAACAAAACGGUUUUCUAAAGAAAGAAGUCCUUGGAAUCCAAAAUGUGAUAGAUCUUCAGAUUCAAUGGAGGAUGAAGAGGAAAAAGGAAAGCAACACAUAAUCAGCUAUAGUACUUCCAGCCCCAGCACUGAAUACAGUCAAUACUUAGGAUCUGAAAAUUGUUCUACAAAUAGUUAUUGCAGGAAAAGUAAAAUUCCAUGCUAUCAGAAUGAUUUAGUAAAGGAUGGCCAUUGUGAUUCAAAUCAAGGACCGUUACCUGGCUUUGUACUUCAUCCUCUUGGAACACAUUAUGUUCCCGUAACAAUACCUCCUACAUAUUUCAAUAGUGUGUUUAAAAACGAUACCAAGGAAUCUACAGCAUAUCAUCCAAUUAGUAUCCCUGUGAAUUUUUGUGGUCCAAGUGUUGCAAUACAUUCACAGGCAGAACAGCAUCUCAUAUGUGUCUCAGAAGGACAGAAAGAGGAAAGAUGCAUUGGAAGUUCAUAG